UUUCGGGGGCGGGGGCUGCGCCUCAACCAGUUGGGAAGAAUGACUCUGGAGUCCAUCAUGGCGUGCUGCCUGAGCGAGGAAGCCAAGGAAGCGCGCCGGAUCAACGACGAGAUCGAGAGGCAGCUCAAGCGGGACAAGCGGGACGCCCGCCGGGAGCUCAAGCUGCUGCUGCUGGGUACAGGAGAAAGUGGCAAGAGCACAUUUAUCAAACAGAUGAGAAUCAUUCAUGGUUCUGGAUACUCUGAUGAGGACAAAAGGGGCUUCACAAAGCUUGUGUAUCAGAAUAUAUUCACAGCAAUGCAGUCUAUGAUCAGAGCUAUGGAUACACUCAGAAUCCCAUACAGCUAUGAACAUAAUAAGGCUAAUGCGCAGCUAGUUCGAGACGUUGACAUAGAGAAAGUGUGCUCAUUUGAGAACCCUUAUGUAGAUGCAAUAAGGUAUUUAUGGAAUGACCCUGGAAUCCAAGAAUGCUAUGACAGGCGGCGAGAGUAUCAAUUGUCAGAUUCUACUAAAUAUUAUCUUAAUGAUAUGGACCGUAUAGCAGAUUCUGGCUAUCUACCUACCCAACAAGAUGUCCUUAGAGUCCGAGUUCCAACUACAGGAAUCAUUGAAUACCCAUUUGACUUGCAAAGUGUCAUUUUCAGAAUGGUGGAUGUGGGGGGGCAGCGAUCAGAGCGAAGAAAAUGGAUACACUGCUUUGAAAAUGUCACCUCUAUCAUGUUUCUAGUAGCCCUUAGUGAAUAUGAUCAAGUACUUGUGGAAUCAGACAAUGAGAAUCGAAUGGAGGAAAGCAAAGCAUUGUUUAGGACAAUUAUCACAUAUCCCUGGUUUCAGAACUCUUCAGUCAUUCUGUUCUUAAAUAAGAAAGAUCUUCUAGAAGAGAAAAUAAUGUACUCGCAUCUAGUUGACUAUUUCCCAGAGUAUGAUGGACCUCAGCGGGAUGCACAAGCGGCAAGGGAGUUCAUCCUGAAGAUGUUUGUUGACCUGAAUCCGGAGAGCGAAAAAAUUAUCUACUCCCACUUCACAUGUGCCACAGACACGGAGAAUAUCCGCUUUGUCUUUGCUGCUGUCAAAGACACUAUCCUACAGUUGAACCUGAAGGAGUACAACUUGGUCUAACUGUGCCUCUAAAGUCUCUACCACCCCUUAUUCCCCCUUUGGGCAAUGGAAGAUAUUCAAGAGGGACUGUAUUAUCUGUGAAAACGAUCUGCAUAAUACUAAUUUAUUACUGGCCUGGACUCUGUGAAUGUUCACAGGGUUUAUAGUAAAUAUUAUGAUUUUAUUUAAACUUUGCAGAGGAAAAACAAAAGAUGCUGAACUACAUUCACAGCACAUUUCCUCAUUUUUUUAGUCAAAACCUUGUGACUCGAUGUGUGUUAAAUUCUCAGUCGUGCACUCACAAAGGAUAGGGACUUGGAUGGUUUAUGUUUGUUUGUUUCUAAAGCAAAAUCAAGUUGGUGUCUCUCCCCUCUUGUCUUAAGAGGUACAGUGGCCUUUUACCCAAGUUUCAUUCUUUCAUUUCCUCUAUAGUGAUAUGGUCAGCAAAAAUCUGUCUCUAGAAUUUAAGCCAUCAGUUGUUCUGAUUUUUCAGCAACUAGUUUUUGGAAGGAUCAAAAGUAUUGAUGUGCUUAACUUUCUUUUGUUUUUCAUUUAAUUUUUGGCAGAGAUGUCAAAUACAUCUGCUUCUUGGUACUGUCUUUGCACUGAAGGCCCGGGAGUGUUGUUCAGUGGCAACAUGAAUUGUAGCAGUGUUACAGAAUUUACCUUUAAUUUUCUCAUGGAAACUUGGCAAACUGCGCAGAACACAAUAACAAACAACUAAGACACAAACGCAAAUAAGGAAAUAGGAUAGCUUUUUUAAUUUCCAUGUGCCAUAACAAAAUUUAUCCUCCCCCCCUUUUUUUUAUUGCGUCCUAAUCACAGAUGCCAAACAGAUGUCAUGGACACUACAGUAGCCUGGAAGUUUUUGUUUUUUGUUUUAAUUAAUCAGACCUUCUCAAUUUCUCUCACCAUUUCAAGCCUAUUCUUACUGUCUACCAAGUUUGACAUUGCCAGAUCUGGCUUUUUAAAAAAAUGGAAGUGUAAGUUACUGAUUUUAAAGGUCAAGUUAACUGAUUGGGGAUCUGUCUGUUCCAGAUGACAGCCAAAUGUUUAAGCAGCUAGAGUUCAGCUUCUCUGUUCCCUGUUUGCAUUGGGAAGCAUUCCUUUGUCAAUGCCAAAAAACCACUGCAGUGUGAGUGAAAAUGUUAUUUGGUGCUACAUACAUAUGGUCUGCUAAUUCAAAGUCAGUUUUACUCUUGUCUAGGUGACAUAGCAUUCCACAGUAUUUCUUUCUUCUUCUUCUUAACUGAAAAACAUAGAAUUGGAAGUACAACAUCCUUGAUGUGGUUGCUUAAUUGGUUUAUUUGGGGAUUUCUAAAUAGGACCUGGCCUUAGAAUUGUUAUUAUAUGUGAAAUGACUGGGGAAAAUCAUAUUGGAAGGUGAAGGCUGCAGUCCUAUCCACAUUUCCCAUUGAGAGCAAUUUAUUCUGAGUGGACAUGUAUGGGAUUGUAAGUAUACCUAUUUUUAACAAUAUAAAGGGUGGAGAGAUAAGACUGCGUAUGCCUUGAUGGGUAUCUCUUUCACAUCAUGGAUUGAAAGAUAAUUUUUAGGCUUUGUGUAAAUAAGAUUACUGUCAGAUUGCAAAAUUGUGUAUGAAGGUUAGAAAGAGCAUAUGAGAAAUUGACUAACUUUUUCUAAAAUGCCAUGUUGCAGCCCUUUAGUAGAAACUGUAGCUCAGCAGCAGCAUUUGGGGCAGAGGGGCAGUGAGACUGGUGUAUUAGUUUAGUACCAAAGUUUAACUAUGGCUGCAAUCUACCAAGCAUUAUUUUCAGUGGCACUGGUGCAAGAUUCCCACUUACAAUGAGCAUGAGUGUGAGUGCACCCGUGCUUGGUGGAUACUUCUCAAUGAUUUCUAAUGAGAUGCCGUUCACACUUAACUUUUUCCAUUAAAAUUAAUGAAAAGUUGAGCUGCUUUUGUUCCCUCAUAAUGAAACAUCUUGUAAUUUAAAAAUGGUUGUAGGUAUAGUGCAAUUAUGAAUGCUAUAAUCAUUGUACACACACACACACACAAAACAAACAUAUAUAUAUAUAUAUAUAUGGCAGCAUCCAUAUUGGCUUUGUAAUCAUUAAUUUUUGGCAGAUUGAAUGUGCUGUAUUGAUAUGUAUCUAUGUAAUUGUAAUGUAUGUCUUAUAGAUAAUUCACAUUUUAAAUAAUGUUAUUUUAUUUACUUUUUUAA